GCCGGGCCUGGCCGGGACAGGGGCGGCGGCGGCGGCGGCGGGCCGGGCCCCGGGAUGGCGAUGUUCCGCAGCCUGGUGGCCUCGGCUCAGCAGCGGCAGCCGCCGGGCGGGCCCGCGGGCGGCGACAGCGGCCUGGAGGCGCAGUACAGCUGCCCCAUCUGUCUGGAAGUCUACCAUCGGCCCGUGGCCAUCGGCAGCUGCGGACACACGUUCUGCGGGGAGUGCCUCCAGCCGUGCCUGCAGGUGCCGUCCCCCCUGUGCCCACUGUGCCGCCUGCCCUUCGACCCCAAGAAAGUGGACAAGGCCGCCCACGUGGAGAAGCAGCUUUCGUCCUACAAGGCACCCUGCCGGGGCUGCAGUAAGAAGGUGGCGCUGGCCAAGAUGAGGGUGCACGUUGCCUCCUGCGUGAAGGUCCAGGAGCAGAUGGCCAACUGCCCUAAGUUCGUCCCUGUGGUGCCCACGUCCCAGCCCAUCCCCAGCGCCGUCCCCAACAGGUCCACCUUCGCCUGCCCUUACUGUGGUGCCCGCAACCUGGACCAGCAGGAGCUGGUGAAGCACUGCGUGGACGGCCACCGCGGCGACCCCAACCGCGUGGUGUGUCCCAUCUGCGCGGCCAUGCCCUGGGGCGACCCGAGCUACAAGAGCGCCAACUUUCUGCAGCACCUGCUCCACCGGCACAAGUUCUCCUACGACACCUUCGUGGACUACAGCAUCGACGAGGAGGCCGCCUUCCAGGCCGCCCUGGCCCUGUCUCUCUCCGAGAACUGAAGGCGCGGCCACUGGCCCAAAACCCCCCGCCUCGAGGGACAGGCCCCGCUGGUUCCGGCGGCCCAGGCCUGCCUGGGAAGGCGCCUCGAGGGCCGUGGGGGCCUCACUGCUGCAGGAGGAGAGGCCGCGGCCCCGUCGUCACCGGCUCUUCGGUGCUUCGGGCUGAGCAGGUGGCCUCGGGGGGCCGGCCACUGGGACGGAGUGUGGCCACUGUCUGUGUCUCAAAGCCAUGAUGUCCUCCCUGCAGAGAGGACCCUUCAGGCCCUGCCGCGCCCACAGGCCCCGGCACUGAGCAGGGAAGCGCGGAGGGGGCCCCGGCCCAGCACCUGGCAACGCUUCCCCCUCGCGUGCUUGGUACUGGCUUUUGUGAUACCUAGAGGUUCCACGCUUUUCUAUAUUAUCCGGUGUGAUGACCUUUUCACGUUUUCUAGAGCAAAGACAGAGCAGUUACCCUUCAUAUUGCAAUAUCUGUGUUUGACUAGGAAUAAUAGUAUUUUUAUGGAACGUUUACAAAAUUAUAUUUUUUAAAAAAAAAACAAUAAAAAACGAAUGGUUGUGGGAUUGGUAGGGGGAGGGGAGGAGAGACGGGGCAAUCGCUGUGGGCGGGGACCGAGGUGGCCACGUCCCCAGGUCCCCUUGCCGUUCCCCAGGGUCACUGUGAUAAUAACGGGAAGAAAUCCCAACGCCCGGCCACUUGCAGUGGCGCUGUGUCUGCUCCUGGCCUCCCGCCUGGGUCUUGGCCUCGGCCCUGCUGUCACUGUUCCAAAGCUGACCACCGCCCGCCCCCGGCAGGGCCACCCCCAGCAGUGGCAGAGCGCGGGGGCCGGGGCAGUGACCAGGCAGUUCAGAAGAUGCUCGUCGGCACCCUCGUUUGGUUCAUGGCAUAAAUUAUUGCUGUCUUUAAAAAAAAUUUAAAUAAAAUGUCUCAAAGCA